CUUUUCAAAUCAAUAAUAAUAAUAACGUAUUUGUGAUUUGAUUAAUGAUUUGAAUGAUGUGUUGUUUGUGUCGAUUCUUGUGUUGUUUUAGUUGUUGUAGUAGUGAUGAAAAGUUAGGACAUAAGCGAAGACAUAAAAACUACACAGAAUUGGGUCGAACUCGAGUCUCGGGUUUCUCUAAUCGGACAACAGUUUCAUUUGACAGACAACAGGCUCUUCAGGCGGCUUCCAGUCCAUCAAAUUUGCCGACCCUUGAUCUCACCAUUAUGUAUGACUUGCCCGACAAUAAGUACAAGACAGUGGACAAUAUCAUCGAUUAUCAUGGAUUUCAACUUUUAAAUGAGGAAUUAGGAAGGGGUGGCGUAGGUGUUGUCUAUAAAGGCCGUAGAAAAAUCGACAACUCAUUUGUCGCCAUUAAAGUGAUGGACAUAAGCGGUAAAUACUAUAAGAGCCUUAAAGCGGACGCCAAAAAUGAGUUGUUUGUUAUGCAGAAGACAUCGCAUCCGUAUAUUAUUCAGAUUUACUCGCAUUUUAUCGUCCGAUACACCAUUGAAAACAUCACUAAAGUCUAUAUAAUGAUGAGAUUAGCCGAAAACAAAUCGCUGUCUGAAUACGUGCGACAACUCACCACAGGUAUGGAUGAGAUCAGAGCUAAGCGCAUGUUUGCACAGAUCGUUUCGGCGGUCAGUCAUAUGCAUAGCUUCGGUAUAGCGCACAGUGACCUCAAAAUGGGUAACAUAUUGUUAGACAAAGACAUGAAUGUAUUGGUAUCCGACUUCGGUCUGAGUCGUGUCAACUUUCGCGAGAAGAAAGGCGGUGUUAUAAUGUCUACAAAAUUUAUGGGAACCGUACCAUAUAUGGCACCAGAAAUAUUAAAUCUCAAAUUGAAACGAAACACACAAUACAAUCCGUUCAUUACAGAUGUCUGGGCUCUGGGAAUCAUACUUUUUAUAAUAAUUAAUAGAUAUUAUCCUUUUGGCGGUGAGAACUGUAAGCCCGGGGCCGGCGGUAGACUCGAUAAACCAAAACAAGAAAAACAGUGUUUCACAGAAAUGAUAAAAAAGAUGCAGUCGUUUGACAAAAACCCGUCCCAACCAUUCAAUCGAUACAUGAAGGCAUCCCCAGAGUUUGAAGACAUUAUUAGACGUCUAUUUACAUUCAAUCCGGACAAACGCAUCACUAUUAGAGACUUAAGUCGUCACCCGUGGAUCAGUCAAGAAAUUGAUUCAAUUAAAUUGCAAUUUGGACAACAAGUCAUCAAUAAAUAUCUUAAUUAA